AACACUGACGCUUAGUUGGAUCCCAUACUCUCUCUCUCUCUUUCUCUUUCAGAGCCACAGAUCUCUCCGCUUCUUCUUUCCUCUCUUUCUUCAACCUCUCUCUCUCUCUCUCACAGACGAAAAUGGCGAACCUACGGAAUACUGCUACAACCGCUAAUGGAGGUUUUCUUCAUUCCUUGCUUAGAUUCUUCUCCUUCAGAGCUCUCCUCUCCGCCAUUUCCAUUGCAUUCUUUCUCUUCCUCUCUUUCUCCUUAUUCUUCACUUCCACCACUCACUCUUCCGAUCUCACCCUUCCUGGUUACGAUUCUGCUCCAUAUCGAAUUAAUUCCAGAACAAGGCUUCCGCUAGCUGUUAAAUCAGACCCGCUAAAAUCACGGUUCGACCAGAUCCGGAAGCAAGCCGAUGACCAUCGGACUUUGCUUCACGCCUAUGCCUCUUAUGCUCGAAGGCUUAAAUUGGAGUAUUCGAAGCUUGUUAGGGUAUUCGCGGAUCUUUCCCAGAAUUAUACGGAUCUCAAUAAUAAACCCAGUUACCGUAGUCUCUUUGAGCCUGAAACAGCUUCUAUCGAUGAGGCUCUGCUUCGUCAGUUUGAGAAAGAGGUUAAAGAGCGUAUUAAACUCACCAGACAAGUCAUUGCUGAAGCCAAAGAAUCAUUUGAUAAUCAACUUAAGAUUCAGAAGUUGAAGGAUACGAUUUUUUCAGUGAAUGAAUUAUUGUCGAAAGCCAAGAAACAAGGUGCAUUCUCAAGUUUAAUUGCGGCGAAAUCUCUUCCAAAAAGUUUGCACUGCAUUGCAAUGAGGUUGAUGGAAGAAAGAAUUGCACAUCCAGACAAAUAUUCAGAUGUAGGAAAGCCAGUACCACCAGAAAUAGAGGAUCCAAGUCUUUACCAUUAUGCAAUAUUCUCAGACAAUGUAGUUGCUGCAUCGGUUGUCGUUAAUUCAGCUAGUAAGAAUGCUGAAGAACCAUGGAAGCAUGUGUUUCAUGUUGUUACUGACAAGAUGAAUCUUGGGGCAAUGCAAGUUAUGUUCAAAUUGAAGGACUAUAAUGGAGCUCACAUUGAAGUUAAGGCAGUGGAGGAUUAUAAGUUCUUGAAUUCUUCCUAUGUUCCAGUGCUUCGCCAAUUAGAGUCUGCUAAUUUACAAAGGUUUUACUUUGAGAAUAGUGUUGAAAAUGCAACGAAGGAUACCACAAAUAUGAAGUUCAGAAAUCCCAAAUAUCUAUCAAUUUUAAACCAUUUGCGAUUUUACUUACCUGAGAUGUACCCAAAACUACAUAGAAUUCUGUUUUUGGAUGAUGAUAUAGUAGUCCAGAAGGACUUGACUGGCUUGUGGAAGAUCGAUAUGGAUGGAAAAGUAAAUGGUGCAGUCGAGACAUGUUUUGGCUCGUUCCACAGAUAUGCACAGUACAUGAACUUUUCACAUCCAUUAAUCAAAGAGAAGUUUGAUCCCAAGGCAUGUGCAUGGGCUUAUGGAAUGAACUUCUUCGAUUUGGAUGCUUGGAGAAGAGAAAAAUGCACAGAAGAAUAUCACUACUGGCAGAAUAUGAAUGAAAAUCGAACCUUGUGGAAGUUAGGGACAUUGCCUCCUGGUUUAAUCACAUUCUACUCCACAACAAAGCCACUGGACAAGACAUGGCAUGUCCUUGGACUUGGUUACAAUCCCAGCAUCAGCAAGGGCGAGAUCGAAAAUGCUGCAGUUGUGCAUUUCAAUGGGAACAUGAAACCUUGGCUAGACAUUGCCAUCACUCAAUUUCGGCCAUAUUGGACCAAGUAUGUGGAUUAUGACUUGGAGUUUGUUCAAGCCUGCAAUCUUGGCCUUUAAAUUGCCUCAUGCAUGUUCAUCUUUAUAGUGUUAUAGAAGGAAAGAUGUUGGGUCAGCUUAUCCAAAGGAAAGCAUUAACCAUUCUUAGUGCCUAUAAAUAUCAUCAUUUUGAUUUCCCUUCUAUUUUGUCACAUAGAAAUAUUUGAGUUUUGAAGUAAAUUAUUAUAUGAUUUUUUGAGGAUGAUUAAAAUCUGUCGGUGGCAUUACAGUUAGGCAGUUUCAUCCAUUAAUUUUGGGGGCCUACCUUACAUUGAAAAUAUGGUUAAAAGAAUUAAUUGGAAGUUGGCUUGCUUUAAUGGA